AUGGUUGUAACACCUGUAUCGGCGGCAUAUAGGACUUUUAACCGCAAAGGUUCCAUUGGCUGCCAUAAUGAUAGAAACUUGUUUUUACGUUUGUAUCACGAUGGUUUACCGGAACAAGCUCGCACGUAUUUUAAGUGGAGCGAUGUAUUGCGGCCGCACGAUGAGACGCGAAACGAUGCCGGCGCGCGAAUCCCGUUGGGACGGACACCAUUACCGCCCACCUCACUGCGCACGCGUAUAAAAACCGACCUCGACACAAAGAUGUCGCUCUAUGAUAACAUUCGAUGGACAGUUCACAAUGCCGCCUUCUCGCUAUCAGCUUCUCUGAGUAGC